UAGCGCAUGGCAGAUGACCCUUAACGCCUUUAUCAACGCCCUUUACUUGCCUUGUCCUGUUCAAUACUCUACCACCUUGUGAAUUUUCAGUUUGUCAAGUAUCUACCGCGAGAUAGAUUUCUCUUAAUCGUUUGCAACCAUCACUACACCGACGUAUCCAGCUAUCAGAGAUUUUGAAAAUAUGUCGGGCAGUAAGUGCGUGAAGCCGCCAAGAAAAGCUUAUGCCAAGGAACCUCACGAAAUGAGCCAUGCAGAAAAGCUAAGGCUCAUAGAUGACGAUUUGACCUCAUUCUAUAAAUAUUGUCAGCAAGCUGGCUUUACCGAAGAGGAGAUGGACAUCAUUUGUCAACCAUUGGUGGCAGCAAUGCGACGGUCCUGGCUACAACUUGCUUUCAGAGCUGCAUUGGUCCUUAUCGUGGGUGGGACUAUAGCAUGUCUUGCGGCUCAGCUGGAUUUUGUUGGGACCCAUUUUUCAGCUAUAGGUCGUUUAUUACUGAUAAAAAUUUUACCCAUUUGGAACUGGCAGCCACUGUAUUAUGAAAAUUGCAUGAUCAACAAUCCGUUUCAUAACGACUAUACCAUUACUGAGGAGGAUUGUGUGACUUGUGAGGCAUUAGAGACUAUUGAUCGUUUAUCUGAUGUAAAAUAUCGUCAACUGGUUGACAAUUAUUUGAGUCGAGAUGCUCCAGCUAUAAUAAACGAUGCUAUGGAUUCCUGGCCAGUGAUGAAUACUGAUUAUUUCUGGUUCGAUAAUAUUACUCAUCUAUAUUUGGAAAAUGAACGUCUUAUGGAAACAGUCCCCUGUGCCUUGACCUCGAAUCUUCGUACAGGUUCCUCUGACCUUGCAGCUUUUCUGCGUAGAGUUCACUCGCCGGAAGUUGCCAAGUGGUUUGUCCACUGGCAAAAUUGUGACAUUAAUGCAGUUAAGGUUCUUCGCAAAUAUUAUCAACGUCCAUAUUUUUUGUCAAGCACGGUGUCUCCGGCACACUUCAACUGGGUUCUUAUGUCCUCUGACUAUAAUAGCCCUAGCUACAAGAAAGUUGAGCUGGAUUCCGGCUUGAUAGCAUUGGCUCAGUUACGAGGGGCUACACAACUUAGAUUAACCCCAAUUAAUCCAUGUAACAGUUCAUGCCCAGAAUUAGUUGCUGAUCUCCACCAAGGUGAAAUGUUGGUAUUCACUAACGUUAUGUGGAUGUUGGAAUAUGCCCCGAUGCGAGGCCUGGAUAAUAUAGCCAUUCUAACAGAAACUGUAUGGGAAGAUGACAUGUAAAGAAGGUUCGAAAUUUCUUAUAGUUGCCAAGACAUCAAAUUAAUGAUACUAUGCUAUACUAUGAUACCUCAUAUUGUAUUCGUAUGGGAAUAAUUUUCUUAUCAAUUCAAUGAUUAAAAUAUGUGUAUCAAAUAAAAAUAAAAAGUCUGGUCCCAUUAAGAUGCACAAAUAGUAUAACUGAA